AUGGAUAAAGAAAAUCACUCAGUUGUAACUGAGUUUAUCUUUAUGGGCAUCACUCAAGACCCUCAGCUGCAGAUCAUCUUUUUUGUGGUCUUCCUCAUUGUCUACCUGCUCAAUGUGGUAGGGAAUGUUGGCAUGAUCAUCCUGAUCAUAACAGACAAUCAGCUUCACACCCCCAUGUACUUUUUCCUCUGCAACCUUUCCUUUGUUGAUCUGGGCUACUCUUCAGCCAUUGCUCCCAGGAUGCUGGCUGAUUUUCUAAGGAAGCACAAAGUUAUCUCUUUCUCCAGUUGUGCCACCCAAUUUGCUUUCUUUGUAGGUUUUGUGGAUGCUGAGUGCUAUGUCCUGGCUGCCAUAGCCUAUGACCGCUUUGUGGCCAUCUGCAGACCUCUGCACUAUAGCACUCUCAUGUCCAAGAAAGUCUGCUUGGCUCUGAUGCUUGGCUCUUACCUGGCUGGCCUAGUGAGUUUAGUAGCCCACACUUCCCUCACUUUCAGCCUCAGUUACUGUGGUUCCAAUAUCAUCAACCAUUUCUUCUGUGAAAUUCCGCCACUCUUGGCUCUCUCGUGCUCAGAUACCUACAUUAGUGAGAUACUGCUAUUCAGUUUGUGUGGCUUCAUUGAGUUCAGCACCAUCCUUAUCAUCUUCAUCUCCUAUGCCUUUAUCCUCAUUGCAAUCAUCAGGAUGAGGUCAGCUGAAGGCCGUCUGAAGGCUUUUUCCACCUGUGGGUCUCACCUGACUGGUGUCACCCUCUUCUAUGGCACAGUCAUGUUCAUGUACCUGAGGCCAACAUCCAGCUACUCACUGGACCAAGACAAAUGGGCGUCUGUGUUUUACACCAUUGUCAUUCCCAUGCUGAACCCCUUGAUCUACAGUUUGCGGAACAAGGAUGUGAAAGCUGCUUUCAAAAAGCUGAUUGGAAAGAAAUCUCAGUAA